UUUUUCAAAGGAAAGUAAAGGAAAUGAUGGUUGUGUGUGUGUGUGUGUGUGUUGAAUGUCACUGACUCACUGUAAAAGCAAAUUAAAUUAAUUAAUGCUGAAAUAAUAAAAGUCGUCUCCCUCCACUGUCCGACGGCUUCUCCAGUUUUCUCUCUCUAGAUCGCACCUCAGGCACGGUGCGCCCUGCUUUCUCUCUCUGCAUCUACGCACACAUAUACAUACGGAGCCAAAUUGUCUUCCGCGACCAAGGGACUCGUAUUUGUUUUGGAUUGUCUAAUUGGAUUGAGAUCUGUGAAUUUCGUGGCCGUUGGAUCUGGAGGAUUGCCGGAUCUGAGGGCGUUGAGAGAUGGCGCUUUCGGGGAUGAGAGGAUUGUCGGUGUUCAUAAGCGACAUACGGAAUUGCCAGAACAAAGAGCAGGAGCGCCUUCGUGUUGAUAAAGAGCUCGGCAACAUUCGUACACGCUUUAAGAAUGAAAAGGGCCUAACACCUUAUGAGAAGAAGAAAUAUGUGUGGAAAAUGCUUUACAUUCAUAUGCUUGGCUAUGACGUUGAUUUUGGUCACAUGGAAGCUGUUUCUUUGAUAUCUGCUCCUAAGUAUCCUGAAAAGCAGGUUGGCUAUAUAGUCACAUCAUGUCUGCUGAACGAGAAUCAUGAUUUUUUGAGAUUAGCAAUUAAUACCGUGCGUAAUGACAUUAUUGGUCGCAAUGAGACUUUUCAGUGUCUAGCAUUGACAUUGGUUGGAAAUAUUGGUGGGAGAGAGUUUGCUGAAUCACUGGCUCCUGAUGUUCAAAAGUUACUUAUUUCGAGUAGUUGCAGGCCGCUUGUGAGGAAGAAGGCUGCACUAUGUCUCCUACGUCUCUAUAGAAAAAAUCCAGAUGUGGUGAAUGUAGAUGGCUGGUCUGAUCGAAUGGCACAACUAUUAGAUGAACGUGACUUGGGUGUCUUGACGUCUUCAAUGAGCCUUCUAGUUGCUUUAGUGUCAAACAACCACGAGGCCUAUUGGAGUUGUCUUCCAAAGUGUGUUAAGACAUUGGAAAGACUAGCCAAAAACCAAGAUGUUCCACAAGAAUACACUUAUUAUGGUAUCCCAUCUCCCUGGCUUCAGGUGAAGACAAUGAGGGCUCUUCAGUAUUUUCCAACCGUUGAGGAUCCAAACACCAGAAGAUCAUUAUUUGAGGUUUUGCAAAGGAUACUUAUGGGAACUGAUGUUGUGAAAAAUGUGAACAAGAAUAAUGCAUCACAUGCUGUGCUUUUCGAAGCUCUUGCUCUCGUCAUGCAUCUUGAUGCAGAAAAAGAAAUGAUGUCUCAAUGUGUUGCAUUGCUUGGUAAAUUUAUAUCUGUUCGUGAACCUAAUAUACGAUAUCUUGGUCUGGAGAAUAUGACUCGGAUGUUGAUGGUCACAGACGUGCAGGAUAUCAUUAAAAGACACCAAGCUCAGAUCAUUACUUCCCUGAAGGAUCCUGAUAUUAGCAUCAGGAGACGUGCCCUUGAUUUGCUAUAUGGCAUGUGUGAUGUUUCAAAUGCAAAAGACAUAGUUGAAGAAUUAUUACAGUAUCUUAGCACAGCAGACUUUGCAAUGCGUGAGGAAUUAUCACUUAAAGCUGCUAUUCUCGCUGAGAAGUUUGCCCCUGACUUGUCAUGGUAUGUAGAUGUGAUUCUUCAGUUGAUUGACAAGGCAGGUGAUUUUGUCAGUGAUGAUAUUUGGUUCCGCGUGGUGCAGUUUGUUACAAAUAAUGAGGAUCUACAGCCUUAUGCAGCAUUGAAAGCUAGAGAGUAUCUUGAUAAGCAUGCCAUCCACGAGACCAUGGUGAAGGUAAGUGCAUAUAUCCUUGGAGAAUAUGGCCAUCUUCUAGCCAGACGCCCAGGGUGUAGUCCAAAGGAAAUUUUUUCCAUCAUUCAUGAGAAGCUUCCUACUGUUUCGACUUCAACAAUUCCAAUCCUUCUUUCCACGUAUGCGAAGAUUUUGAUGCACACUCAACCACCAGACAAGGAGCUGCAGAGUCAAAUUUGGGCAAUAUUCAGCAAGUAUGAAAGUUGCAUUGAUGCUGAAAUACAGCAACGAGCUGUUGAAUACCAUGCUUUGAGUAUGAAAGGAGCAACUCUUAUGGAUAUACUUUCUGAAAUGCCAAAGUUCCCUGAGCGACAGUCUUCCUUGAUCAGAAAGGCUGAAGAUGCUGAGGCAGAUACUGCAGAACAAAGUGCAAUCAAAUUGCGGGCGCAGCAGCAGGCUUCCAAUGCUUUGAUGGUGACAGAUCAACGCCCUGCGUAUGACACGCAAGCUGUGAACCAGCCUGGUCUUGUAAAGUUGCCUAGCAUGAGUAACGUGGAGCGGAGCAAUGCUGAACAAGGGGCAACACAUGCAAAUGGGGCUCUGACUGUAAUCGAUCCUCAACUGCCUAGCACGCCUUCUCCUGAUCUCCUUGGGGAUCUUCUAGGUCCAUUGGCUAUUGAAGGUCCUCCUGGUACUGGUCCUCAAAUUGAACCUAGGUUGGCUUCUGACUUGGAAAGUGGUGCAAAUGCAGAUGCAUUAGCCAUUGCACCUGUUGAAGAACAGACUCAAACUAUCCAGCCAAUCUGUAAUAUUGCGGAAAGGUUUCGUGCUUUAUGCAUGAAGGAUAGUGGGGUUUUAUAUGAGGAUCCUUACAUUCAGAUUGGCAUUAAAGCUGAGUGGCGAGCACAUCAUGGGCGACUUGUCCUCUUUUUGGGAAAUAAAAAUACUGCUCCACUCAGUUCAGUUCAAGCUUUGAUAUUGCCUCCAUCACAUUUAAACAUGGAACUCUCAUUAGUACCUGAGACUAUCCCACCAAGGGCACAGGUUCAAUGUCCGCUUGAAGUACUCAACCUUAAGCCAAGCAGAGAUUUAGCUGUGCUGGAUUUCUCAUACAAGUUUGGAACUCAUGUGGUCGAUGCAAAACUUCGCCUUCCUGCUGUCUUUAACAAGUUUCUUCAGCCAAUUACAGUUUCUGCGGAAGAGUUUUUCCCACAAUGGAGAUCACUCUCAGGACCGCCAUUGAAGCUGCAAGAAGUUGUGAGAGGUGUAAGACCUAUGCCACUGUCGGAAAUGGCGAACUUGUUUAUCAGCUUGCGGCUGAUGGUUUGCCCUGGCCUUGAUCCCAACACAAAUAAUUUAGUUGCAAGUACAACUUUCUAUUCUGAAGGCACACGAGCUAUGUUAUGUUUGGUAAGAAUAGAAACAGAUCCAGCAGACAGAACACAGUUGCGGAUGACCGUUGCAUCCGGAGAUCCUACACUAACAUUUGAGUUGAAAGAGUUCAUUAAAGAACAAUUAGUCUACAUUCCUGUUCCUUCCACGGCACCUAAUCCUGUGCCUCCUCCUAAUCCCAUUUCUCCCCAAGCUCUGCCAACCAGUCCCCCUACAGCAGUAUCAGAUCCUGGAGCUCUUCUUGCUGGUUUGCUUUGAGUGUUUUUUUCCAACCUAUGUGACCGCACUACUCAGCAACAUUGUUUAUAUGGCAACACCGGUACUUCCUUGAUAGGCACGGUGGGGGAUGAACAAUACAAUUGCACGGGCUGGGCUGGCGGGAGUAAAUGGUGAAAAAUGUAUGUAAUCGGCAUAGCACUAGAAUUGGGAUUCUUGGAGGUUGUGAAAGUUGUCAUAUUCUUUAGCACAGUUUACUGUGCAUCAGUGAGGUUUCCUCUUUUUUUCAGGCGAGAGGUCCGUGUUCUUUUUUUUCCUUAUUUUCCCCUUUGGGUUUGUAGUCAGGUUUUACUCCAUUGGUUUCUGUAAUAUAUACAGGCAUAUAAGAAAAUCUGCACAAAGUAGCCCUCCCAUUUGUAACAAAUGCAUUUGUUUGUCAAUCUAUAUGUAGACUGUUAGAUCA